UGCAAUUUCCCUUUAACAUCUUCGAACUGGAUGACUCGGCGCAACUGUUAUCAGAUGGCGUAGAUAAGGCGCUAUCGGACACAAUGACGUCUCAGAUAAGAGUGCAAGGUGACGAAACACACAACAAAUUCGGUUCGAUCGAUUUAAGGUCACAACAUUUUGUGAAAGUCAUCGCGUUAAGUAAAAAAACGCAUUAAUCUGGAAAAGCACUCAACACACGCUAUAAAAGUGUGCCGUUCCUCAUGUUAUUGUCAAAACACACACACUAAUUGCCAAGAGAAGCCUAAACUAUCUGAACGAAAAAAUGCCGCUUUCUAUGGACCGCUGGAGAGGCAAGGUGGCAAUAGUCACAGGCGCCAGCGCGGGAAUCGGUGUAGAAAUAGUGAAGCAACUAGUCGACGAAGGGGUCCUGGUCGUUGGUUUAGCCCGGAGGGUCGAACGCAUCGAGAAGCUAGUCAAGGAACUGGAAGGCAAGAAAGGUAAGCUUUACGCUUUGAAAGCCGACGUUGGUGUGGAAGAAGACAUUCUGAAUGCCUUCAAAUGGACUGAGAAGAACUUGGGCCCUGUCCAUAUUUUGAUUAACAACGCCGGGGUGCUUCAAGACACGAACCUCAUCGACGGGGAGACCCAGAAAUGGAAAACUAUCCUCGACAUUAAUGUCUUGGGCUUGUGCAUCGCCACCCGAGAAGCCGUGCGCACCAUGCGGGCUAACAAUGUUGACGGUCAUAUUAUCCAUAUCAACAGCGUGUCCGGCCACAUCGUCAACUACUUCCUCUACAUGAACGUGUACGCCGCCUCCAAGUUCGCCGUGACCGCCCUCACGGAGACCCUCCGCACCGAGCUCAACACCAUCAGCUCGAAAAUCAAAGUGACGAGCGUCAGCCCCGGAGUCGUAGCUACCGAAAUCGAUGAGACCAGUAAUAUUUAUUUGGACGCGAAGACGCUGGAGGAGCGCAAAUCCAGGGCCGCGCUCGCCUCGUCCGACUGCGCUGAUGCUGUCAUUUACGCCCUGUCGACGUCACCCAAUUGCCAAGUGCACGACCUCAUCAUCAAGCCCAUCGGGGAGAAGUUCUGAACAAUAA